AUGCUCUCCAAGGCAGAUAGUAACGUUGCUCACUUCUCAAGCAUCUGCUUUCCUUGGCCAAGACCCUUCAUCAGAGAGCCUGCGGAUGUGCCCAAGACUGUACGCAAAUGGCGAACAAUAUCAUGGUCAUCAGCAUGCCUCAUAGCAUUGUCGACCGCGGGGUUUGCAGUUCAGAUUGUCAUCGCGUUAAGAUUACCUUGGACUAUCGCUACUGCGGUACUAUGGGGACUUGCAGGAAUUUAUGCUGCAGCAAUACGACCAACCACCGCCUCGGUACCACUGCUCCUUGCUUUUGUGAGCAUUGCCAUUCUGGGAGGAGCCUCGUUUGCUUUCCACUUUUCUGAGGAUGUCUACGGAUCUGGUGCCCUUCUUGCCGGUCUGAGUACGCUGCUGGCCAUUGUCGCCUUGUUGAUCAUGAUCAACAUGCCUCUUCGAGAUCCUGCGACAAAUCAAGAUGAUAUUGGUCCAGUUUUUGCACCGUCCAGCCACGCGUUCCGGUCCCCCGAAGACAAUCUGACCCUUUUCCAAUGGAUGACAGUGUCUUGGCUGAGCCCUUUGAUCAAACUUGGGAACGAAAGACAGCUACACGAUGAAGACGUCUGGCAGUUAGGCUAUGAAUUUCAACACCGUCAUUUGCAUGAUGCGUUCCGCGAACUCGAGGGCACCCUUAUCAGGCGUCUCCUGAUGGCAAACUGGAUUGAUCUCGUGCUUCUCAGCCUAUUGGCAGUUUUCGAGUUGGCGGCGAACUAUUCCGCCCCAGUUCUCCUGCAAAGCUUGCUACAGUCCAUGGAGACGAUACAACACAGCAAAAGACCUGCCGUUACAUUCGCACUGCUGAUCCUUAUGAUCAGGCUCGUUGCGGCUCAGAGCGCAGUGUUCAGCUUAUGGUUUGGAAGACGAUGCUAUGAACGAGCAAGAGGCGAAAUGAUCACAAUGUUAUACGAAAAGACACUGAACAGGAAAAUUCUAGGCAGCGUUGCUCAAGAAGCUGAGAAGGACUUGUGUCGGGCUGAUGAAAUUGAUGUUGAUGGCCCGCAACUUACAGAUACCAACUCCCUCCCCCUGACAGAACCACCACCUCAUGACUUGCAGCUAGAUGUACCACCGACGCUGUCUACAAGAGCACAAAAGUUGCUCCAUUGGGUACGGACAAGGUUCAAGAAUAGCCAUAGGACUCCCGAAAUCCAAUCCGCGGCGUCGAUGGGCAAGAUUCUUAACCUGAUGCGCAACGACGUUUACCAGGUAGCUCAACGAUUUUGGGAAUUUCAGACCUUGAUCAACAAACCUCUGGGGCUGGUCCUAUCGAUUGUCUUGAUCUGGCGUAUGCUUGGGUGGUCGAGUUUGGUUGGCGUGGCAGUGGUGCUUAUCGCACAGAUCUUCAACUACAUCCUUGCUCGCAUCCUGAUCAGCUGGGAGAAGGAGCGUCGGAAGGCGACUGACGUAAAGUUACAAAGGAUAUCACAGUACGUUGAAGCUAUCAGGCAUUUGAGAUGGUAUGGGUGGCAUUUCAAAUGGCUUGAAGGGGUGAUGGCGGCCCGACAAAGGGAACUCAGAUUGAAAGUCAUCACCUACCUCUGGAACUGCGGUAUCAAGUUCGUCAACUCUGUCGCCAGCGGAAUGCUUCCAGUUGCUUGUUUUUAUGCCUACACCGCCUUGGCAGGCCAGCAACUACGAGUCGAUAUUGCGUUCCCCGCAUUGCAACUCUUCGCACUUAUGCAAGAAAAUCUUCGAGAAAUUCCGAACUUGAUCACUGUCUUACUAGACGCGUCCGUGGCAGUAGGGCGUAUCGAGGACUUUAUUUCGGAGCCCGAAAAGGCCGAUACUUCGGAAUUCCAGGACUCUACAGAGGACCAACUUGAAUUGCGCGACGCAACGUUCUCAUGGCCGGGACUCUCUAAACCAGUUCUUCGACACCUCAAUCUCUCAUUCUCUCGAGGACUCACAGUGGUAUACGGCCCGGUUGCAGCCGGAAAGACCGCUCUACUCCAGGCCUUGCUCGGGGAGCUUGAUCUUCUUGCAGGACAACUGUUCAGGCCACAAGGCCCGAUCGGUUACUGUGCGCAAACUCCCUGGCUACAAAGCAUGAGCAUACGCGAGAAUAUACUCCUCAAUGCUCCCUACCAGGAGAUUCGAUACAAAAGGGUCCUCGAAGCCUGUGCUCUUCUUCCGGAUUUGGCCAGUUUCAAACACGGAGACCUCUCCUAUAUUGGCGAGAACGGCAUUGGACUUUCAGGAGGUCAAAGAGCCAGGGUUGCUCUAGCGCGAGCAGUCUACAGUCGAGCCGAUAUCCUCUUGUUGGACGACCCUCUAAGUGCGUUGGACCAGCAAACCGCAGAAUGGAUAGUCAAGAAGUGCUUGACUGGCAGUCUGAUGGAAGGGCGUACUGUAGUCCUCGUCACGCAUCGCACUGAUCUUUGUCAGGACGUUGCGUCGCAACUUGUCGAGAUAUCGCACGGAACGGCCACGUUACAUCGUUCUGACGAGGAUCUCACCGUCUCCACGUCUCCAGAACCUCGUGUAUCAACUUCUGGUGAUGUGCAUGGUGAAGAGAUCGAUGAGACGGCGGCUGUGCCCGAAAAGUUUGUGGAAGAAGAACGCAGAGUGCAUGGCGGUGUGCAGCUGGCUGUCUACUGGGAGUAUAUUAGGGCCGGCAGGCUGACCUGGUGGUUCACGGUCGUCUUGACCGCUGCUUUAUGCCGCAUCAUAUAUGUCGGUGAGAGCUGGUUUUUGAAAGAAUGGGGUGAGGCCUACAAUUGGGCUAUAUUGCAACUUCUCGGCUUCCAGUCGUUCGACUCCGGCACACACCUACUUAAGAAUCGCAUGGAAGGAUUCUUCGACAAAUUCCCGAACCCUGCAGUAAACGUCCAACCCUGGCUUCUAGGAUUUCUCGUUAUUGUGCUUGGGGAAACAAUUGCUGUUCUUUUGUCGCAAGCGUCCAUGCUGGUGGUUACAUUUACCGCCGCACAGCGAAUGUUCAGAGACAUCAUGGAUCGGAUCAGCAAUUCGACCUUUCAUUUCUAUGAUGUGACGCCGGUGGGCAGACUCAUGAAUCGUCUGACCUCUGAUAUUGGGGCGAUUGAUGGCAAUAUUGCAGAUCAAUUCUUGACCGUCAUUUGGUAUGGUAUUGCAUGGAUAUCAUCCAUGAUAGUGAUCGGCAGUGUCACGCCUCUGUUCCUCGUCUUUGCAAUUGCCUUGACCGUUGCAUUCGUGAUCAUCUUCUUGCGUUUCAUACCCACGUCGCAAAGCUUGCGCCGUCUCGAAAUGGUCUCUCUCAGCCCUCUCAUGUCGAACUUCGGGGCGCUCUUAAAUGGGCUCAUGACGGUCAGGGCAUUCUGUGCUCAGCCAGAAUUUCAACAACGGAAUAUCCAAGUCACAGAUUCUUUCCAAAAGAUGGAUCAUUUUUACUGGAGUCUACAAGCAUGGCUGAUGUACCGGUUCGACGGUCUUUCAGCCGCCUCGACUUUUCUCUUGACAUUGCUGGCGAUCUUUUCGGGCUUGUCAGCUGGUCUGACUGCUUUCGUCCUCGUUGCAGCGGACAAGUUUGUCCAGUCAACCCAUGCGAUCUGUAAACAAUAUGGCCAGCUCCAACUUGACUUCGUCAGCGUGGAGCGUGUCGUUGAACUGGUCCACUUGGAACAAGAAGAGCCUGGUCUUGUGAAGCCUCCAGCUGCUUGGCCGACCUAUGGUGGCGAUAUUGUGUUUGAGAACGUCACCAUUCGAUACCAGCCUCAUCUCGACCCAGCACUUUCAGAUGUUUCUCUACAUCUCAAGGGGGGCACCACCAAUGCCAUUGUCGGGCGAACUGGUUCGGGCAAGUCAACUCUUGCGUUGGCUUUGUUAGCAACGAUCACUCCUGAGUCUGGCCGUAUCCUGAUCGACAACAUUGAUGUCUCCAAAGUUGAUAAGCAAGCUUUACGGAGUCGAGUCACUUUUCUUGCCCAAGACCCAAUACUCUUCCAGGGGUCGUUACGACAUAACCUUGACCCGAUGGAAGAACAUUCUGACCAUGCAUGCGAAGGUGUUCUGUCCAGGGUUUGCGGGAAGUACGGGUGGACGCUUGAAACGCAGAUCGAUAACGGAGGGCGCAAUCUCAGUCAAGGACAAAGACAGCUUGUUGGGCUCGCUCGUGCGAUCCUGAGGCGAAGCGCGAUCGUCAUCAUGGAUGAGGCAACAGCUAGCAUCGACCUUGACACGUCGACCCAGAUUCAAAAGGUUCUCAAAGAAGAACUGCGAGAAAGCACGAUUAUAACCAUCGCACAUCGCGCAGCGGCUGUUGAAAAUGCCGAUUGUUGUGUUGUCCUGUCCGCCGGGCGACUUGUCAGUCAAGGAAGGCCGGAUGAAGUUGAAUUCUUCGAGUAG